GGGCAGACUAGGUGACCCCCAUCCCAAACGAUGACUCACUCUCAGAGGCGGAGACUCCAUAUCGGAUUCACUAGCAGAGGACCGUCCCGGACUCACUACUCUGCCCGCUCUGUGCGCCGAGAAAACUAAUCCCCCUCCCGAAACUCACGGCCACAGCAUUUCUCCUUUUAUUUAAGCCUUGAUUACAAUGUGAAGAAAAUGGCCGGGACAAGCUCUGAUUGGGUGGAGAUCCUGGAGCCGCGCUCUCGGGAGCGUAUGUAUGUGAACCUGACCACUGGCGAGUGUGGCUGGGAUCCCCCGCCAGGUGCUGCUGUCCGCCAGGCUGACGGGAACCAGUGGUGGGAGCUGUUUGACCCCCACAGUGGCCGCUUCUACUAUUACAACUCUGCGGGGCGCCGUACCGUCUGGCACCGACCGCAGGGAGGCGAUAUAGUGCCCCUCUCCCAGCUCCAGGCCAUGAAGCGCUGCACUGAGGCCAGGCGGGUCACAGGGUCCGCCGAGAGACACCACCAUGGGACCACGGGGAGUAUUGGUAGCGUAGGGAGUCAGGGGCGCCGCACCCCUCUGCCCGAGCAGGACAGAGACACCCCUGUUCCCAGAGCCCCGGAGCCCGCCGAGAAGGAGGCUGCUGACCCCGAGCUGGAGCCAGAAGUGGACAACAGAUCGCAGGGAGACGGCAGCAGCUCUGAUCGCAGCACAGACGGCAGCAAAGACCCACAGAGGGAUGGCUCUCAAAGAUGGCAGCCCCCACCCGGCUCUAAGGCAGCCAUGUUGGUGAAAGUAAACAGCAUGAACCGCAACCAGGCAAGCCCAGCUUCGCAGCAGCAUCUUCACCAGAGCACCCACGGCAAAGCCAACACCUUCACACUGCACCCCUCCAGCAACAAGGCCCAAGGGGGACACCUCAGCUCCGCACAGGGAUAUAAGACCGCCCCUUCCGGCAAAAUGGCAGCUGACACACGCCAGGCUCACCACCUGAGAAAAGCCAGCAACGGUAGCUUCUGUUUGGUGACAUCAGAGAGUGGCCAUCCCAGUCCACUCCUUCACAGGUCGCAGACCAGCACGCCACGGCCAGUGUCCCCUCAGUAUGGCUGCACGGCCCCAAUCUAUGAUGACCCAGUGUCCGAGUGCCCCAUAUACGAUGAGCCCCCUAUAGACAUGGAAGUAGAGGGGGCACAACUCUACAACGGGCCGUCUCUGUCCCGCCUGACGCCCACCCACAGCCUCCAGAAGCCUAGGCUCCUCCAGCACCCUGUUUCAUCCCAUUCAGGCUCCAGGCACAAGAGGAACCCAUCUGCCUCAGACUAUAGCCCAGCUGGCCUGGAGUGUAUCAAGCACAUGGUUAACGUGGACCCCAAACAGGGACACCUGUCUGGCUCUCCUGUCCCCACACGUACCCCCUCCCCUACCUCUAGGCAGGACACUCUCUUGGCCCAACCUCAGCCACAUCCCCAGCACCAGUCCCAGUCUCUGCCCCAGGCCCGAGGCCAGCCACGGGACAGGGAGCCAGGAACCCCGGGCCCAAGUACACUGGAGAAGAAGCAGAGCUGGCGGGUCCUGGAGGCCACCGUGCAGCGGGCCAUGGAGGCCCGGCACAGCAGGCAGAGCAGCCAGGCCUCGCAGGACUUCCCCACCCCGACCUCACAGGCCACAGCCACUUAUCAGGACUCCGGUUACUCCACCGGCCCCUCCCCCAGCCUGAGGAGGAAGAGCAGGAGGAGGGUGGGUGCUGGUGCUGGAGCGGGAGGCCGGCCUGGUUCAGUGGGCAGCAGCGGAGAGCUGUGCGCCCUCAAUGAGAGGCUGAUGGCUGAGAUGAGAGAGGUGGUGAGUCGGUCCAACACCAUGAGGGAGGUGAGGGCAGGGCUGGAGCCCGAGAUGGGAGAAAGGGGGGUCAUCCCCCGGACACGCUCCCCUGCGGACUCACUCAGGUGGUAUGGAGGAGCAGGGGUGUCGGCAGGCAGGUGUUCAUCACGAGAGGACCUUACCGGGGUCGCCCGGUCGCUGAGUAGGGCAGGUAACCAUGGCAACCCUGCCCUGACCCCCCUGGAGAUACCAGGGAGACAGAAAAGGACCUAUGAGAAAGUGGACACCCUGGAGAAGAGUAUCACCAGCCAGGCCAGCCUGUCUUCACCAGAGACCCCAGGACCUCCCUCACAGGCGGGCACCCUAGAGCUGCAGGCUCAGUUGGAGAGCCGGAAGAAAGGCAUGGUGGAUGGGCGAACCGCUUCUCUGGGCCCCCACCGCCCCACUGCCCAUGACAACAGAGAAGGUGGCGAUGGAGCAGGAGGGAGGGCGGGAGGCUCCUCCUACCAGCUCUCCUACGCCACCCUGCGGCAGCCCCCGCCCUCGGACAUGGGUAUGGAGGACUGGGCCAGCAAGCACCUCAACAUGCACACGCAGGGCCUGUUCCGCCGCCGCGUCUCCAUCGCCAACAUGCUAUCAUGGAACCGCGGCUCUAUUAAAAAGCCCAUGUUGGUCACCAGCAACCGCGCUGUCAGGAAGGAGGCCUGCGAAAUGUUCAAGCUCGUGCAGGCGUACAUGGGAGAUCGGCCCUCGCGGCUGGACCGCCGCCACUGCGCCCUGCUCAUCGUCACCAAGUGCUGGGACAUGCCGGGGCUGAGGGACGAGCUAUACGUGCAGUUGGUGAGGCAGACCACUGGCAACACCAGCCCAAGGAGCUUGGCAGCAGGCUGGGAGCUGAUGGCGGUCAGCUUGGCCUUCUUUGCCCCCUCGCCCAAGUUCCGCUGCUACUUGGAGGGUUACAUCCAGAGACACACAGAGCCUGCCAGCGACAAGAAAUGUGAGUCUCAGACUGAGCAACAGGUGACUCAGUUCAUACUGGAGCAGCAGGAGCUGAAGCUGAAGAAGAAUUCAAAGUCCAGAAAGAAACGAAAACAGAACACAGACGAGGAAGAAGGCCUGCCGAUCAGCACAUACGCCAAGUUCUGCUAUAGAAAACUACAGAAAGUGGCUAUUACUGGAGGCAAAAAGGGUCUACGGAAGCCCACCUUGGAGGAGAUCGACCACAGCAGGCGGGCCAUUGUCACUCCCUCCCUGUUUGGCAGCUCCUUGGAAGAGGUGAUGGAGAGGCAGAGUGAGCUCUUCCCAGACAGGAAACUGCCCUGGGUGCAGGUUCAGCUCUCCCAGUACGUUCUGGCUCUGGGUGGGGCCCAGACAGAGGGCAUUUUCAGGGUGCCUGGAGACAUUGAUGAAGUGAACGCCCUGAAGCUCCAAGUGGAUCAGUGGAGGAUCCCAGAAAAUCUCUCUGACCCAAAUGUUCCUGCCUCUCUGAUGAAGCUGUGGUAUCGGGAGCUGGAGGAGCCACUCAUCCCCAUGAACUUCUACAAGCAGUGUGUCAGUAACUAUGACGACCCGGUGUCGGCCAUCGCCGUGGUGCAGUCUCUGCCUGAGCUAAACAGGCUGGUGCUCUGCUACUUCAUCCACUUCCUGCAGGUGUUUGCUCAGCCUGCCAACGUGGCUGUGACCAAGAUGGAUGUGAACAACCUGGCCAUGGUGAUGGCCCCCAACUGCCUCCGCUGUCAGUCCGACGACCCGCGGGUCAUCUUCGAGAACACCAGGAAGGAGAUGUCCUUCCUGAGGAUGCUCAUCGUUCACCUGGACACCAGUUUCAUCGAGGGCGUGGUGUAGACUCUUUGAACCACAGAGCCCGCCCCGUGCGCUGGAUCACCCUCCAGCACCUGCAAUUACACAUCCACAAUCAGUCAUUAACAUCUUUUCUUUGUCAAAACCACACUGGAAAUGUGAAGGGUGAGAUGUUACACCCUUCACAGAAGAAGGAGACUCUUGAAAACAGCUUAACAUUGUCCAACUCCUAAUACAGCAGCUUCGAUAUCAGAACCAUCUAAUUUCCUACUUUCUUACUGGGAGAUGUUGCACAUCAUCUGAUGCUUCGUUGUGGUUUUUUGAUACCAAAUCCACAGUGAUGAUAUCCAAGAGCUAAAAAGACUCACGGCAACUCCAAUCAUAUCUUUGGAACUCACUUUGAUGGGGUUCAUUUUACUGACAUUUUUUUCUAACUGCAUGUGAAAACUGAUUUACUGUUUCAUUUCUUGCUGAAUUGGUAGUACUACAUUUUCAAUGGAUAACUGUGCUGUGUAAAAUAUGAUUCUUACAAUAUUUACACUGGUGUAAGAAAACUGUAUCAGAUGAAGACAACUAUGACCAGCUGCCUUAUUUAUAUCUACUAAAAUAAGCAACGUUGAUGCUUGGCCUUCUUUGCCCCUGGCUAGCUGUCAGGUUUCAUACAAGUGUGUUUGUGUGUGUGCACACGAGUGUUUGCGUGUGGAUGAAAGACACAGCCUUCAUUUAUUAUGUACAGAAAACGAAAAUAUGAAGUGUAUGAGAAACCUUGUAAUGAUGUCUUAUUGAUAAGCUUGCCUGUGCUGUUUUGAGUAGUUGUGUUGAUAGCAGCCUGUCGUGAUCUCCUCGUACGUUCACUUUACGAGACAAAAAUAGUCGUACCACCACAACUAUUUUGAUAUCCAGCACAGAGCCUCUGCUUCAAAGCACAAACGGGAAGGAUGUGUUUUUGACAUUGUGCAGAAAGCUCUUUUCAACCGUUAGUGGUGAGUUCAGAGGCAAGUAAACAUGGAGGUGCUUUGAUUUUACAACUGUUAACACUGAACUGAAGCCAGACGAGGGUGUUGUAAUCACAGUUUAUGUGGUGUCUGUAAUAGUUAAGUGGGAGUUCGGUUAUUCAACUCAUAAUAAUUUUUCUCUAUUAUCUGUAUGUAGUCUCUCAAACUGAGAUUGUGCUCUCUCCUUUUGUUUGUGGUCUGUACUUUUUUUUGGCUCAGGUCUUAUAAUAAAACGGGUGUUGGAUGUGAUAACUGUACUUAGACUCCCUUGCAAACUGAAAAUUUGAUAUUCUACUAUAAACCCUCACACCGAGGAUGGAGUAUUGUUCAACUCUCAAAGCACUAUGAGAAUGUAGAUAAGGCUUUUUGUUCCCCCUCUCAGACUUUGCCAUUGUAAAUAUUCUCUGCUUGUAAAUAGUAUUAACUCUCCUUGAGCAUAUUCUAAUGAUCCAGGGUUAGGGUUGACCUUCCUGUUGCUGAAAAGAGGAAUAAAAUAAAUGUGUUUUUGUAACUACAGUUAAUUUCUCUGCUGUAACCGCCUGCCUUUUGAAAAUAGGACUGAUUCAAACCACUAUCCAUGUGUGUAUGUGUAUGUUUGCAUACCUUCUUGUUAUAAUAUGGAAUGAUUGUCCAUAAAUAAAGGUUUGUUCAAUUGUA